CCCCAAACAAAAGACAGCAACAUCUUCUGGCUGCUUGGCGGCCUGUUCUAGGUUCAUUGCUUGCCUUACUGCGGUAUGGUGCGACUAGAAGUGUGGCAAUUCAAGGGGGGCUGCCGCGAAAGAAGAGAGAAGUUUGUGGAUGAACGUAAAUCUGGGAGCAUGCUAUCACCCUCGGCACCAUCUUGUCAAAGAUGAGGUGCUGCAGCAGCUCGGGCGCCAAGAUUGUCCUUACACAACAACCAGGACUUAUGGGGGCCGUUGUCACCUCCUCUUCUGGGGGGCGCAUGUUGAGCGACUUGCGCAAUCAGCGCGUGUAAUGCAGGCCGCUGGUAAAUGGGAAGGGGCUGAAGAUAACUUGGCCCCUGAGCAGUUGCACCGUUUGAUCCAGCCGUCUCUGGAGGUCGCCCUUCGACAGGCUACUUUUCACUUAGAUUCGGCGACCACCCAUGAGCUGUCUGUCACCAUCCUUCUACCAGGUCCUAGCACCAGCAAGCGACCGGCAGAUGCAUCUCCACACAAAGAGCAACUCUCAAUAGCUGCCCAACGGAUCGAAAAUUCGAAGCUGGCUAGUCAAAAGCGGGACAGCAAGAGAAAUGAGAGUGCUAGUUAUGAUUUGGACAGUGUUAGGAUUGUUCGUCCAGAUCAGCAAGCAGCCAGCUUGACACCAGAUGCUCUGUCGGAGAAUGACCUAGCGAAAAGGGAGAUGAGGAAAGGAAGGGGCGCUAAGAUUGAGGGAGAGGUCAAGGCCUGCGUUUACGUUUCGAAAUACGAAGCCCCGACGGGAGGAAGCAUGCCUCAAGGGACGACGGUUGCAGUGAUGGGUCCCGGUAGACAGAUGCCCGCUGCAAAGGAUUCGUCAUGGGCGAUCGACCGGCGGCCGCUCGAAGCCCCCAAACCCCCUGACGUUGGCGAGGUUUUGCUGUCCAACGACGGCGAGGCCCUGCUCGAGGGCCUGUUGACCAACUUCUUCGUGGUGCGGAGGAGGACAGGGGGUGCCAACAGGGCCUCUUCGAAGACAGACGCAGAAACGGUCCUUUUAGACGCAGAAACGUCGCCUUUAGAGCAACACAUGCUGAGCGGAGACACGCCUAGGAGAGACACGGAGGGUGCUAAAAAGGCGGAUGAUGCCAAAGAGACGGAAGGUGCUGGACCGGUUGAAAGUGGGAAGGAUGGGGAGGGCUACGCCAAGAAGAAUCGCUGGAAUGGUUUGGUAGUGCAGACGGCGGCGUUGGAAGAAGGCGUGUUGCCAGGCGUGAUUCGCCGAGCCGUGCUGAGUUUAUGCGAGGCAUGGGGUGUCGAGAUCAGCCUCGAGGCGCCAAGGCUAUCCGACCGGAGCACGUGGCUAGAGGCUUUCGUCACGAGCAGCGUACGAAUCGUCCAACCAGUCGUGAGCGUACGAUGGCGCCAAGGCUGGCGACCAGCGGAAAGCCGACCCUUGCCUGGACACGUGGCCGCUUCUGAUUGGCGGGAGCAUCGGCUACCAGCAGAUAGCCCAUUCUGCCGCGCUUUGUGGGAGGCGUUGCUAAGUGAGGAGCGGCUUCGGCUUGACGGUUCCAGCAUGGACAUCGUCAACCUGUGCGGAAAAAGUUAAAGGGGGUUACUUAGGUGAAGUGAAUGUGUGAGGCACAUGCUGAAUUUGUGGACUGAGUGAGGUGAAACCAGGAUUGUUUGCAAAGCAUAAUAGUCGAUUGCAUGCGGCAAUCUGCUGUCGCUUGCAAGGCAAAGUCCGUCAAUUUCGGCUUUCCAAUGAAUCGAGGUAACAGCAACUUGUCUACAGGAUGAUGUAACGCGGGGUUGCAGAGUGCUGACAGACUCAAUCACAACUCUGCUGUACCGUUUUAGUCCACUCGGCGCCCGUUGCAAGACACUACGGUGGUUGUUUUAAGGGGCUGAAGACUCAGCUUACCGUAUGCCAUGCCCACGUACGAGUAAUUUUAGGUGUGUACAAGUAGAGGCGCAUUAGGCCGUGAACCGGGAGAUUGAGUAGAUCGACAAGACUG